AUGAUCCAUCUGGAAGAACAUCGUGAAGUGGGUGAUGGAGCCGAAAAAGCAGACCAUUUGGCCCGCGCACAUCUUGAAUAUUCUCAACAUGCUAUGGAAGAUGUGCACGGUGCACGUAAUUUACGUGAUACGGGUCAAGAACUAAUUUCGUCACAAGAUGUGGAACUUACGGCUAGCUUAUUGCCAAAAUGUGACGAAUUAGAUCGAAUGGCUAAUGCGUUAAGCGGAGCGUUAGAACGACGUAGUCAAGUUUUACGUUUAAGUAAGGAAAUGCAUCAACAAAUACUUGCAGCUAAUAAUUGGUGUCGGAAAGGAAUCGAAUUACUUACGUCAAUACCGUAUGAUGUGACUUCUAAUACUGCUUUGACUGCGUUGACUUCUGUAGAGGAGUACAUUAACGAAAGCGAAUCUUUAAAAUUGGAUACGUUUAGCCAAGAAUCAGAUUUGAAUAAACUGAUAAUGCUCACUACAACCGAAACGUCCACUUUGCUUAAUCAGGUAAUAGAAAGAAUCACGGAUAUUAAACGUUUAAGUAUUUCUCGACGUGACGCGCUGCAAAAAAUGGCCUUCCGAGAAAUUCGAAAACCUCCUGUUCAAGUAGUUAGUCCGGAAAAAUUGCCACUUUCUGAUAAUGCUAAUAAAGAAUCCAUACGUAAGGAUUCACUUGCUUCGUCACCUACUAGUAAGCUUUCAUAUUUUUUUCUUGUUUUCAUAAUUAUUGAUUCUGCUUUAUCGAUUUUGCAAGACUUCAAAGAUAGUAUUGAUUUAAUCGAAGGAACAACCGAUAGUCAGAAUUAG